AUGCCGCGCAGGCGAUUAGCAAACCCGGCGACCCGAGUUCACCUUUUCUGCAGGGCUCUGGCACUUCUCUUUGAGCUCGCUGUCUUGAUCUUCCUCAUUUAUAUCAGCAAAACGCUGGGCUACUCGAACGGCAUUAGAUACGCCGGUGUCGUCUGCGCAAUCUUGCACAAUGCCAGCCAAGUGGUGGCCCUCACUGAUCGUCAUCAUCGGCUGCGCCAUGUCCCCCCUCCCUGUGUCGUCAUCUUCGAUCUUGUCAUCCUAAUCCUCCUAGGCGCGAGCAUUGGGUACGAUUUUGUUGAGGCCUUGUCUCGCCUUGACAAGCGCGCCGGUCCCUUCUACCGUACUCUCCUCGACGAUCAUUGCGCCACCAAGCCUUAG